CUACAUUCCAUGAUGCGAUUUCACGAUGGCUCGACCGACGCUGGUGGUGUGGAUGGCGGUGGGCUGGAUGGCCAUCGCGGAAGCCAAGUCGAAACAGCACUCCAAGGUGGAUCGUAUGUGGCGUAUGCAAAAGAAAGGGUGCGAGAUGUACGAAUGCAGCCACUUGAAUGAAUGGACCAACAUGAAUUGCGUGCAUGAAUGCAUCUCAGCCGCAUGCUACGCAGAAGUGUACGCGUCGGAGCCGUUGGAAGAUGGUGAAAUCGACGAGUACAGGUACCACAAGUUCCUGUCGUGCAUUCGAAAUGAUUAUCGCGCGCGGGCACGGCAGCUGCCAAAGGAAGAGCUGUAAGCGUGAACGAAUCCUGUUUUCUGAAUGGCAUCGAAGCGGACGACGCGGUGUCUUGAUCGAACAUGGUCGAGUCUCAUGGACAUUCGGAAGCGCCACCGUCAAAUGUGAAAAAACCAUGUCGUAACAACUCUUAUUCGGCUCACGAGCGAAGCGCGCCA